UAGUCACUCUCACCAAAGAUCAAACCGUUAAUGGCUGCCACUUGGGCGACCUCAAGCCAACCAACUAUGCCCCCCGCACAGGCCAUGACUUACACCAUUUCCGGAUGCUCGGAGCACAGCGGGAACUACGUCCCAGAAAACAUAUUGGUGGACACUCCACAGGACCCAACAAGUAGAUGGAGCGGCGCACAACAAUUACCUACAGCGAAGCAAUGGAUCCUGCUGAAGUUAGAAGCACUCAGUGUUGUCAAGAGUAUAACAUUUGGAAAGUUUCACAGGAAACAUCCUUGCAACAUGAGGGAGUUCAGGGUUUAUGUAGGCCUGAAUCCACACCAUAUGGUGCAGGCGCUGCACACUCAGCUCAAGGACGAUACGGUAUCCGAAACAUUUCCUUUGAAACAUGUGAAUAGCGAGGGCAUUUUUUUUCCGACACGGUACAUCAAGAUCGUACCAGUUUCAGCGCAUGGGAUGAGCUUCCAUAUUUCAAUCUGGUAUGUCUCUGUUUCAGGCAUAGCCGAUCCUCUAUACGUCGACAAUAUCCGCUCGCGAUACGAGGAGUACCGAGAAACCAUAGUGCUUCGCCACGUGCUGAAGCACUUGAGGCAGCGGAGGUUGCUAACACCAUAUCAAAAUAUCCUGGCGCGCUCGAACAUUCAGGUGGAGCACCCUGUCGUGACAGCCUUGUACUUGAGCCUCGUUCUUCAAGGGGCUUGGACUGAUUCCGAAGCACUUCUGUCCGAAGCAUCUUCAGCUGGCCUUCUGGAUGCUUAUAUCCAAUUUUGUCAACCACACUCGCAGUGGAAACGUCUUCACGGUGUGGACGCAGACGGUGACGCACCGAGCAAACGCGGUGGCCAUGCAAUGGCACUCGACCCUGAAAAUGGCCUCAUCUACCUCCUUGGAGGCUGGGACGGGAAGAAAAGCCUGGACGAUUUCUGGGUGUACGACGUGAGUGCUGAGCGAUGGCGCGUAAUAAGUCAUAGUACAUCUAUCGAGAAGAACGGACCUAUCGCUAGGUCUUGUCACAAGAUGGUUUAUGAUACGAAAUCGGGGUGCAUCUAUCUCCUGGGUCGACUUGGCGAUGGAGAUAUCUUGAAGCCGGAGGAUCAUCAAGAACUAUUAAGAAGAGCGGGUGAGAUACCGGACGGGUCUAGGUCUACUCCAUACUGUUCGGAGUUUUACCGGUAUCAUACACGAGGAUUGGAUGUUGGGAAAUGGGAUUUGUUGUCAUUUGAUACGGCGUCCUCCGGUGGCCCACCACUCAUCUUCGACCACCAAAUGGUGAUGGAUUGUGAGGCGCAAAUAUUGUACGUUUCCGGGGGGCGGGUUGUCGAUGGCGAUUGGGAUUCGCCGAAGUACUCUGGCAUGUAUAGUUAUAACGUCCGCACAAGCAAAUGGAAAAUCCUACAACCCCAACCUGCAUUGUCAAUGGCAUCGUCUGUACAGCCGCCCAUCUCGCCCCGCUUCGGUCAUUCAAUGGUUCUCGACCCAAUGUCGCACACUCUUUUUAUUUUCGCGGGGCAGCGUGAUGACAAGUAUCUGUCCGACAUGUACGCCUACGACAUCGCAAGCAACACGGUGACGGAAUUGUUCAGCAAUUUCAGCACAAGUGGGGGUCCCGACGCAUGUUUCACUCAGCGGGCGAUUAUCGACGGACGGUUGAAAGAGAUUUAUGUAUUCUGUGGGCUGACUCGCGUGCAGCCCACCUGUGCGCUUACUAGCUUACGUGCCGACACGCCAAAUUGGGUGUAUCAGUACGUGCACCCUUCCAAACCCGGAAAAUGGACAAAAAUAUUGCCCGAAGUGAUGCAGGAGGGCGGAGAGCCUGCCGAAGUUCCUCUUCCACGGUAUGCACAUCAAGUAGUGUACGACGAGGGGAUGAAACGCGUAUUUAUGCAUGGCGGAAAUGCAGGGGAGGUGAAUGAGCCGGUGGAGGAUGUGGAGACGGAGGUAGAGGGAAGUGGGGAUGACGAGCGUCCGAGGAGAGGUGAUGACGAUCGUCCGAGCAGGAUAUCGAAGGAGAUGAGGCUGGAUGAUUUUUGGACUAUGAAGCUAUUGAGAGCCGCACCCGAGGAAAUUAUUAGGCGAGCAAAAUACCAGAUCCGACAACAACAGUUCCGAGAAAUGUGUGAAGAACAACCCGCAGUUAAAGCGCUACGCUUUCUGCAAACGCAAGUGUCUGCGGUGGUGGACCACACAAACCCAGAGGAGACGAGUGUGUUCAGGGCACUCCUGGGGCAUCUCUUCUCGACUCCAAUUACCACUGAUGAUAGCUCCGUAGAGUCUACAAGCACACCUAAAGAAACUACUACAAGUCUUCUCGAAGAGCCACCGAAAAAACGUUCACGUCCGAACACGCCCGACGAAGCCUGGACGAGUCGACUGGAUGAUGAAGAUGAGGACGAGAUGCUUGAUGCGAGCACGUCAACCGCUGUGACCUCUAGUGGACAGAAGCGGCGGCACGCAGUGCUUUUGAUGGAAGAAGAUCCCGUGGAGACUGCGUUGCGGGACGCUUCGACAAAGCCGCUGUCACCUGAGCGGUUCAGGCAGCGUACAGAGGUGUUUGAGAGUUUAUUGCAGUUUGUGGGAGAAGAUGGGAAACAGCCCAUGGGUUCGCUUUUAGAUAUGGUUGAUGCAGAGGAUGGGAUAUGAGGUUGGUGGUUGUUUCUGAUAGGGUUGAUUUAGAGGCCACAUACGUUUGGCAUGUUGUCAAGAUUAUUUGAAAGUUGAACGUUCUGAACGUCGAGAUCUGAGGGUUCUGGACGAAUUCGACACUCCGUACGUACGAUUGAGGCAAGCA